AUGCAAGUGUGGCUUUUAGACAAAAGACGGGGAAAAGCUCUGGAGUGGAAUGGAUCUCCGUGUAACCAUGGAAACAGCGUUGACCACCAAGCAUCAGUUACUGUUGAAAAAGGUCACAUCUGCAUGAUUGAUGAGGCUGCGUGCAGACGGGACCACGGAAGCGGAGUGUUGAUGAGUAAUCUGGUGGCCGUGAAUAACCGCACGGUGAAACGACAGCGUCUCCAGGAGGGCUCCUCUGCAGGAGGGCUCCUCUGCAGGAGGGCUCCUCUCCAGGAGGGCUCCUCUGCAGGAGGGCUCCUCUCCGGGCUCCUCUGCAGGAGGGCUCCUCUCCAGGCUCCUCCCCACUUCGGCAUGGAUUUCGUAAGACGACUUAAGUCCUCGGACGGGGACCGGCUGCGGCUGCAGGAAGUGCGGUUUGAAGACUGCCGGCCUGUCAACUCAGACACGCGGCAGUUUAUCUGCACGGUGUCGCCUCCCCUCGUAAGCCCCUCAGAGUACCGGAUCGGCCAGCUGUAUAUGAUCAGUAAACACAGCCAUGAGCAGAGUGAGCGCGGAGAGGGGGUGGAGGUGGUCCAGAAUGAGCCGUACGAAGACCCAGAGCAUGGACCGGGACAGUUCACCGAGAAACGGGUCUACCUCAACAAAUGGCUGCAGCCUCCGUCGGGGGACUUGCGGUACUUCAAAUCCGAGAAGACUAACCGAGGCCUGCUGCAGGAGGGCUGGAUUGACUCUCAGCACCCGAUCAUGUGCUCCUACAAGCUGGUCAGCGUCAAGUUUGAGGUCUGGGGCCUGCAGACACGCGUGGAGCAGUUUGUGCACAAGGUUAUCCGGGACGUCCUGCUCCUCGGACACAGGCAGGCCUUUGCCUGGGUGGACGAGUGGAUCGACAUGAGCAUGGAGGAGGUGAGAGAGUACGAGCGUGCCACCCAGGAGGCCACCAACCUCAAGAUCGGUACCUUUCCCCCUUCCAUCUCCAUCACGGAGACCCCCCUGCCGUCCAGCGCUCGCAGCGGGACCAACAGUGCCCCCUCCACCCCCCUCUCCACGGAGGCCCCGGAGUUCCUGUCGGUGCCCAAGGAGCGGCCCAGGAAGAAGUCGGCUCCAGAGACUCUGACCCUCCCUGACCCGGGCCGCAGGGAUUCGGCUUUCCGGCUGCCCAGCAUCUUCUCCUGGAACUCCAGCCCGCAGCCGGAGUGAGAGCGGGGUCCC